GUCGCAUUGUCAGUUGGCGCCACUGACGUUCUUCGUGGGCCAAUGACCGCGUUCGGUGGAACGAACGCUGCCUCGCGCCAAUUGGAUCGCACUUUCAGACCCGCGCUGCGAUACGACCGUUCGUCUCCCGAUCUGAAAGUACGGUUCCAAUCGGAGUGGCUCUCCCCGCCGUGCGCGGCCAAUGGCAAGCGUUCGCGCGCCCGCCAAUCCGACGUUCAGCGCCCCGGUGGCCAGCAAUAUUUGAAGUGAUUUUCAGUUGCGCUGCCGUUACUCGAGCGUGCUGCGGGUUGGCGUGCACUUCGCUCGCGUCGUUUGUCCUCAUCGCGCUGCGUCCUUGUCGCCGAGAUGCCGGAUUUCAGGCAGCAGUACAAGAAUCCGCGUCCGGGAUUCGGCGACGCGAGUCACAGGAGGUAUCUGCGCGCGUACAAUUGCGACAGGAACCGCAGAGCGGUCAGAACGCGGACCUUCGACCAGAACCGCGGUCUGCAGAACGUUUCGGCGCCAACGAGCCCGCAUCCCGAGGGUACAUCUACUGAUGAGCGUGCGAACAAAUUAAUAAAAUGGAAGCAAGAGCGUGACAGGAAGAGGAGGCAGGAAGCAGUGGCGAAGAAACCAGCUUUCAAAGUCGGCGUCGUUCAUCACUCGUUAUGUUCGCCGAUGAUCAAGAGCGACAUGCCAGCUACUAAAACACCUAAGAAGCCGGAACCCUCAAUUCAAGUCCAAAGACGAAUUACGAGAGCAACGGAGAAGCGGCUGCUCGCUAAAGCUGCAAAACAAGCGGCAAAAGAUCUUACCUCGGCGUCGAUGAAGCAGUCUGCGAGUGUGAAAACGGCGUCUUUUAAAAACAACGCAAAGCAAUCAUUUGCUCCAAUUAAUUACAAUUUCAAACCUCCGUCUGCGUUGCAAACGCUACCACCUCUAUUUGGUCUUGUACCACUAGAGCAAACGCCACAAGAGAAAUACCACACAAAAGAAAUAUCGCAGAGCUGCACACCAACGUCUGAUGUUGCCACAGGGAAUGUCCAACCUUCCACGAGUUCGAAGCUGUCACCAGUUAAGCAAAACUCGCCGCAGAAAUUAGAUAAAUCGACCGUGCAUUGUUCAACUGAUUUGAAUGUAACUCAGACAUUGAGAUCGACAUUGAAGGAACAGGCCGAGAACCAGGCAGACGUACGAGACUCGUCGCAGGAAGAAAAAUUGUCGUCAAGCAGCUCUGAUACCAAAACGCCGCCGCAAAAUAUAACUCCGACAUCCUGUGAGAAAGAAAAUUGUUCUGUAGAUCUCAUUGUUUUUUCACCGUAUCUCACACGAAGCCGUGGAAAGAGGAAUUCCAGAAAAGAAGGACAGCAACGGCUAGGUAUCGGCCAUCCAUCUGGCGAAAUUCCCACCAAAGAUACUGUCAUGAAAAAUUUGAACAUAUGCGUGGAAGACGAAGAACGCACCGCUCAAUAUUUCAAACUUCUCUUGAACAAAGAAGUAGACAGACUUCAAGAGCUUUGUAAGAAAUGGCUGGACAUUAAGUUGCAGAAAAAUGUUCCGGAGGACGCUACCUACGAAAUACAACAAGCAGUAGGGCAGACAAAUUUGCUGAUAAAUAAGAAAUUCGAAAGAUUUCGUUGCUUGGUGCAGGACUGCGAAACUGGUAGAGGAGAGAUGCUGGUAACGUGUAGAGAUUUGCAAGGAUUUUGGGAAAUGGCAUACAUGGAGGUCGAAAACUGUGACUCGCGAUUUGAGAAAUUGGAGCAACGUCGGAACAGAGGAUGGCAGGAGGAGGAGGAAGACGAGGAGCGCACCGUAGUCACCAAGCCUGUUGUUAAGAAACGAGUGCCUGUUAAGAAACAAAUUGUAUCAUCAAAACAGAGUUCGUUGCGAUCGUUAAUCCUGGCCGCCAGACAAAAGAAAAUGGAAGCGGGAACAUUAGGCAAGAAAGAUAUGUUACCGCAAGAUGUACAUAUAAGCGAAAACUCGAGUAAUAGAAAAUCUUUUACAGCGCUUGAUGAAGAGAACACUCGACGUAUCAGGAGAUCGAAAUCCCAGGAGCUUAAUGCGAGCAAGUCGUCUGAUCGAUGUGAAAGCUCUAGAGCGAGUUCCAUGCAAUUCUCCGACAAGUCUAAGAAAAUGAGAAGCCCAUUCGCAGCCAUGAAGAUAAGUCAAAUGUGCAAGACACCGGAGAUUCAAUUAGAUGACACAAUAUCUUACGUUAAUUCCGACCAAACGCCGGGCAAAAGUAUAUUGAAGAAAUCGGAAGAAUUAGAAAACAAGGAAGCCCGGAUCAAGUCCGCGCACAAAGUCAAUUUUGACGAUCGAGUAGCUUUAACGGAGGUCCCUGUUGAAGAAAACGUGCGCACUGUAUUUAGUUUAGCUGCCGCAUUAAACAAGAUAGACACUUUCGACUUCGAUCAGAUGAAUCAAUCGUCGUGCAUUAAUGCCGAAAGAAGACUAGUUUUUGAAGUUACAGACUCUGAUAGCGACAACCUGGACGAACUGAGGCUCGAGAAGCAACCAAUGAGGAGACGAAAUAAAUCUAGGUCAUCUGUUCAGAAUAUUUCAGAUAAUAUUGUGCAUCCGCUUGGCGAAAUAACAUCCUUUUCAUCUACUAAAGAAUCAUUGCCAGAUAAUGCAGAGAUUACAUCAUCCAGGAGAAGCUUAAGAAAUCGAUCUCGACGUAAGGACGCAUCGGGCAAGAAAAGUGUAGAUAUACCAGUUUCACCUCCAACACGAGACAGCGGAAUAGACACUAUUGCUGAAAUUAUUUCAAAAGACAUGAAAGAUAAUCUUGCUUUAGGGAAAAGAGUACUCAGAAAUAGAACUGUCACGGCAAAUGACACACCCAAAAGCAAUAGAACUAGCAAAAUGAUGACUCCAAAAAGAGCAAGUAUUAAAAAAGAAGAACAUAAGAGCUCGCCAAAGCCAAGUAGGACAAGUUCAUUAAAAUUAUCGCCGAAAAAAGAUGAAAAUAUGACACCGAAUAGAUUUAAUACAAUGGAGAUGACGGAUGCAACAUUGACAGGCAGUAUUAAGAGAAGGUCGCAUCGAAAAAGUGUUGCAUUUGACGAAACUUGUGUGGGAUGUGGCGAAAAUAAACCAGUCCUACCUAUGACUCCUUAUUCAGUACAUCGCAACAAAACACCUUCGAGACAGAGCCGAAGCAAACAUGAUGAAGAUCUUAUAUUAUGGGAGACGCCAGAUAGAAAACAUCGUCUUCGUAGGACUACUAGAUCUCAAUCGAAUCUUUCAUAACUUUUUACAUAUUAUAUAUUUAUGUUGUACUUGUAUAAAUGAAAAUCUGGUACAAUGAAAGAUUUUUAUAAAAACUUUUCAUUGUAUCAGAUUUUCAUUUACACAAAUUUCAUUUAUAAAAACGUCGCCUCUGCACGGCAAAAGCAACAAAAGUAAAAAAAAUAACGUUGCUCGCUUCUCUUGUCACUUAAAAAAAAAAUCUGUGUUUUACUGGAGAACGAUUUUUAUCUGCCUGCACAAAUCAGGCGCUGCUACAAUCAUAGUUUUAAACAUCUUGACCGUCACUAUUUUUAAACGAACUAUUUGAAAUACAAUUUUUGCAUUGAUCGUUCCUACUUUAGUAAAAUUUUUAUAAUAUUUACGAGUUCUUCUGAAUAAAAACACGUAUGUUUCUUACACGUACUCGAUAAAUUAUAAAAACGUAAGAAUAUUUGUGCUACUUUUGUGCAGGGACGACAAUGAUAUCUACGUGUUAUAUAUAUAUAUACAUAUGACAAAUGUAUUAUAAAAUAUUUCAUUUUGUUUUUUAAUGUACUUUAAGAGAUGUUCGUUAUAACAGAACUUUUACAAUGUUUGCAAUUUCAUAUCCAUUGCUUGGAUUUUAUUAGCAUUUACAUAGUCUACUUUUAAAUAAUAAUAAUAAUAAUCCGUACAAUUGUAAGCUUUCAUUGUAAAAAGUUCUUGUGAAAUAAAAAAUAGAAUACGAAUAUUCCACGAAACUAUAAGUACAUAUUAAUAUACGCAUAUAAUUUUUGAUUAAUGUAAUUUAAUAAAUGUAAUAUAAGUUGAAAUAUAUCGCUAAGGUCCGUGUAGAAUCCUGGCCUAUUUCUACUUGUAGAUGUUUCCGAAAUUGAGGUCAACCAAACAUGUAUUUGAUGAAGAUUUUUUAUCAUGGGAUACGCCAGAUAAAAAACAUCCCAAGUUUUAGCAAUGCAUUUUAUAUAUAAAAUAAUCAUUACAAGUA